CGCAUGCGCGGCUCAGCUGUUUCGGCCUGUUCCGCGGCCGCUCGGUCAUCUUCGCCUCUUUGUUUUACCGAUAGUGGAUUUAACUCGGAUCCAGCCCGACAUCCAGCGGACCGUGCUGCUCCCGAACAGGCUCCAAUGAGAGGCUCUCCAUGAUGAGGAGCUAACACUGUCGGCCGUACAACCGCAGGAAGAGACGUGGCUGCUGCACCAUCCACAGUCGACGCAUGGCGGUAUUAGGGAACCCCGACAUGCUGACGAGGAAGAUAAAGCUGUGUCACAUCAACGCCCACAUCACAUGUCGUCUGUGUGAGGGCUACCUGAUCGACGCCACCACCGUCACCGAGUGCUUACACACCUUUUGUAGAAGUUGCCUCGUGAAAUAUCUGGAAGAAAACAACACGUGCCCCACGUGUAGGAUUGUUAUUCAUCAGAGCCAUCCACUGCAGUACAUCGGCCAUGACAGAACAAUGCAAGACAUUGUCUACAAGUUGGUACCGGGACUUCAAGAGGCGGAGAUAAAGAAGCAGAGAGAUUUCUAUCAGAAGUUGGGGAUGGAGGUGCCCGGAGACAUUAAAGGGGAACUUUGCCACAUGAAGACUCAUCUAGAUCAGCGCAAUGGCGAUGCAAAAUCAGAGGACACCGCCCACAAGGACGCAGGAGAGGAGAAACCAGAGGAGGACAACGACUAUCACCGUAGCGACGAGCAGGUCAGCAUCUGCUUGGAGUGCAACAGCAGCAAGCUACGAGGUCUGAAGCGCAAGUGGAUCCGCUGCUCGGCACAAGCCACGGUCCUGCACCUCAAGAAGUUCAUCGCCAAAAAGCUUAACCUGACAUCAUUUAAUGAGCUGGACAUUUUAUGCAAUGAGGAAAUCUUGGGGAAGGACCACACAUUGAAAUUUGUCGUCGUGACAAGAUGGAGAUUUAAGAAAUCGCCCCUCCUGCUCCAUUACAGACCCAAGAUGGAUCUGCUGUAGCGAAAACGGACACAACGGUUGUUUCUUUCCUUUUUUUAAAAAUUUUUUUUAAUUACAGGUCCGGUGACUGCAGACUGUGCCGAAACUUCUUCUUUUUUUUUUUAUUUAUGCAAAGACGAUCAACCAACACCAAGCAAAACGCCCGACAGUAAAAAAAACAAAAAACACAAAUCAGCAUAAGCCAGCAAACGGGGGAGCGAACGUUGGGGAACAAACACAAACCACAGAACUGGAAACCUCCAGCACAGAUUCUGCUUUUUUUUUUAGGAACUACAACAACCAUUUUCUUUUUUGUUUUUUGUCCGCUACAUCCUUGAUAUGUGAACAAAAUGGGGGAAAAAAAAGAAAAAAAAAAUUGAGAGAAAGCAUAUAUUUAUACUUUUGUACAGAAGAGACAUUGAACCAAGACACUACUGGUGCUCUGUUUACACGCAAACAAGAUGUCUGGAAUCCCGUGACCGUGUUUUUUUUUGAGCUUCGUGCAGAUUUCAUCCUCCCGAGACAAAGACUGAAGCGGAGAGGAGAGGAGGACAUUUUUUUUUUUUUAUAUAUAUAAAAAAAGGUUUCUGUUUUUUUAAAUUUUAUUUCCUGUCACAAUCCACUUGACACGUCUGGGGAGCACAGAAAGUUUUAUGGAAGAUAUAUAACAGGCAUCGAUUUCAAGUAAAAAUUGUCUCAGAAUCUUUUUUUUUUCCUUUUUCCAUUUCAUUUCGUCGGCUUUGUCUAAUUUGCUUCAUGGGUUCUUGAUGAUUGUCAAUUGUGAAUAGGCUAAAAUUCUUUUGUUGUGUAGUAAUUUAUGUUCUAUAUACCGAUAUUGUACAUAAAAUGUCAUUACAGAGAGAGAGAGAGAGCGAUUGAAGAGAGUAAGAGAGACUUUAGACUGUUAAAAAGAAAAGAGUGGAUCCCAGAAGUGCUAUCUAUAUGUCGGGCAAAUAGAAAGAAAAGUGUCCAGAGGUUUAAAAAUGAGGAUUUUAAAAGACAGACUCACUAUCAGUAUCAAAAAUAUAUAAAUGCAUCUUUAUGUUGUCUGACACAGACACAAGACGAAUAUCAAAUCCCUUGCAGUGUGCGUGUGUGUGUGUGUGUGUGUGUGUGUGUUAAGGGUGUGUGUGUGUGUGUGUGUGUGUGUGUGUGUGUGUUACGAGACUUUAGGGCGAAUAAGCAGAAAGCUUCCAUCCCCCGUGCUCCUCAUCUCACCGGCCUCCUGUAGAGUUCAGUUAUUGUUGUUCAUUUGUUCAUCAUCAACAAAUCCUUUCUCACCGAUGACUCAACACUGGUGUCUGUAAACGUCCGGGCAGAGACCUCGUUCAUCUUUCUGGUUUCGUUCUAGAUCUUAUUUGUUUUUUUUUGCAUCAUUCAGACCUGAGUAUCCGUCCUUGUGUUUCUACUCGUUCAGUGAAAACUGAUACAGCCACAUGUUGUUGUUGUUGUUGUUGUUGUUGUUGGCAACAUGCACUUCCCUGUGCAGCAUUUGUUUUGAAAUUUUUACCACAAACUACUUUAAAGCAACACAACGUAACUUUUACUGAGCAACAGCGCCCCCUGCAGCCACACGUAGAGGAAACAACUAUCUAAACUGGAACACAGCAGAACUGUGGAUAUUACCCAUGAUCCUCUGCUUCCUGAACCAGGAGAGCUGCUUAAAAAUAAGUUUCUCCAGUUCAGCUUUAUUCUUCCACUUCCUGGGCCUGAUUAAUAUUAUAAUUGAUAAUUGAAGAUGCGACUGAUUUAUGUCUAAUUACCACCCAAGGUAGCAGGUGUUCACAGGUUUUUUAAACGUAAAGGAGUUUAAAUUUCUCUCAGCCGGACGAGAUAAAAACCUGCAGAGUAAAAUAUUAAUUUUACAUAGAACAGAGGUUUAAUGAAGCUGCAGUUAGAAGUUGCAAAGUGUUGCUUUAAACCAGUCCAGUUUGUCUUCACCCCCCAGUAGAGCAUGUCACCCUUUUUUUUUUGCCCAAAUUAAAUCCUGGUUUUAAGUAUCGACGUUUUCUCGCCCACAGGAAGUGAACGGGCAUAAGAGCGAAGUAUAGACGACGAGAUAACGUACGAGGCGCCGCUGAUACAGAUCAGAUCACUGAUGUCACCGCUGCAGGUUUCUGGUAUAUUUCAGUUUGUCCUCACUGCCAGUUGCAAAUGUUCAAAGUUACACAGUGUUAAAGAGCGUUUUUUUUUUUUAAAGUUGCGUGAUUAUUAAUCAGUAUAAAACUUGGAUUUUUUUUUUUUUUUUGCAGAAUAGCUAGUGUUCGAUAAUGUCGACUUCACAGGACACUUCUUUUUUUUCUUUUUGAGAAACUAUCAAAAAUUCAGGUUCCGCACAGGGGCGGAGGUUUUUUCUGAACCUUUUGAUAUUGAAAUUCUGAAUUUAAAAAUGGCCCCAGUUGGGUCAUUUGGUGCUGAUGCGUGUUUCUAGUCGUACGGUUGUUCUUUCUACUGUGUCACACUGCAAAACCAAUGUUCUGUCCAAUGAGAAAAAUGUCUUAAUCUCACAACUUGCUCAACUGUCUUCAAAAAACGUGAAACACAACUGGAUCCUUAAAAAAAAAACGCCAUGUCUGACCUCAAGUAUGAUUACCUCACCUGACCCGUGUGGUCAGUGGUUAAAUAACAAUUAUUUACCCUCUGCAUUGUAUCUGCCCACAGCCAGAUGUUUUCUAUAUGUUCACACGCAGGGUUCCUCCUCAUCCGCACAUCGUCCGUCAAACGUUAUAAAUUGGAUAACAACUCUUAUCUAUUUACCUGCAAUAUUUAUAUUUCUUGCAGGAAGAGUAAAUUACGUCGUGCACCCAUUGUGUUACAAUCCGCUAAUUGGAUUUGGAGAUGUAAUGAGAUGUGUAGGAACCCUGCUGCAUCAGGACCUAUAUGACUUGUGUGUAAAAUCUGCGUUUUUAUAGCCGACAGGUCGGUACCAAACCAGCUCUACCAAAACCCUCCAGUCUGCAUGUUUCACUUCUGAAGGGAACAGAAAUAUGUCAAAGGCCCAUUAAUCCGGUUAAAUACGUCAACUGGUCGUUGUUCUUGGUUUUUUUAAUGUGGAAGCUGAAAUCGUGGAAGCAAGAGGUGAAAUGCAAACACCCUCCUGAUCUGAUUUAAGAAAAUCUGAAUAAUUUGCAGCAAAAAUAACAUAAAUAUUGUUUAUUGACUCUUAACCAAUAAAUUUAAAGCCAACAAAUGGUAGAAAAUUCACGAUAAAAACCAAAAACAAGGAGCCCGACGUGUUUGGUCAGAUCGUGGAUGUGUGUUCUGUCAAAUCCCUGCACACGUGAUGUGAGCCCUGUUUGAAAUGAGACCCUGAGGUCAGCGACGAGGUGACGUGUCAUCACAUCCGUCGUGUUCAUGUUCUUUCUCCGGUCGGACUCGUCCUGUAGCUGUCGUCACCUUCUGUAAACGUUCGGUCUGUCCAGGAUGACGUCUCUCGUUCCUUCAUCCACUUUUUCCUCGUGUGAUAAAGCUGUAAAGAAAAACAACAACAACACGGUGCUACUUUUAAAAACAACGACUACAAACUACAUGUUUUGCAGAACACUGCGAAGACGGAACAUCUUUUAUUCCUCUUUCUGUUUCACUCGGUGACUUUCACACAAACCAGGAUUCAUUUUCAAUAUGUCAAAAAAGUUAAUUUACUUGUGGGAAUUUGUCGCAAAAGUUUUGAAACUGAAACAACCUUUGAAAGAAAAGUGUAAAAUGACCGACUGGUGCUUUUCUGGUUCCACAAAAAGUUUAAAAACCUAGAAAGUUAAAAUCAAGGUUUCACUUCUGACGGAGUUGAUGAUGGAGAAAAUCUCACUUUUCAUAAUUUUACUAUACUUUCAGUUUUUAUAGUUUCAUCACAGACGAUUUGAUCUGAGCUGGUUUCAACACAAGCUGAGCUGCAGUGUGAACGGAAAAACUUUCACCGUACUUUUUGCGUUUUGUUCCGAGAACCCUGUGAUGCAUGUGACGUGUGGGGGGGGGAGGGGACGCUCUCUGUCUCUGGUGCUUUCUAUGGUGCUAACAACCUCUCGUUUCUGACGACUCCUUCAGAGAGAGGUUCAGUGGGAGCUGCUGCUCUCCUGCCACCUCGGGUGUCCUCUCCCCUCUCAGACCUGCCUCGCUGGAAGCUGCUGGCUUUUCCUUUUUAUUUCUAUCUCUUUAUCUUCUCAUUGAUUUCUUGGCUUUGUUUUCCCCUCUUGUCUGGACUUGCUCCGGCAAACUUGAGGUCCUGGACUGUGACGGGUCUGAUGCUGUGAAAAUAAAAAUGAAAAGUGGUGAGAAAUUGGAUGUGCGAGCCGCAAUGUCCCGCCUCUGAGAUGAACUCACACUUAUUGGAGUUUUCUCUGGCGACGGUGCCUCAGAGUCAGAUUGAGAUUUUGCUUCAAUCUCUAAUUGGACCUGCGAGUCUCAAACAACCAUAAUAUCACACGUAGCUUCUACCUUCUGACCGUCCAACCACCAGCACGUGAUUUUUCACUGGCUGCAUCUUCCAGAUUUCACCUUCACCUUUCUUUUCCUGCUCUGAAAUUGGCACCGGGAUUGAGUCGUCACUGCCACUACGCUUGACAGCCGAGCUCAGAGGCUUACGGGAGGCUCAGCUCCGCCUCACUGCAGAUUCACGUCGGUGUCAAGCCUCCGAAAGGUCUGCGGCACGAAGCCAGGCCCGGGGCUGUCAGAGCCCUCGUGCUCGUCUCCUCCACUUCGACCUUGAGCGCCCAGUCAGUUUGUUAUCUCCUGCUGGGAUCCGGGUGAAGCUCAUGGGCGAAGCCACGUGGACCUUCUACCUGAGACGGUUUCACGGCUGCACGUGGCCUCUCGGCACCGGCAGAUUGUGGUUCAUGCCGAGUAAACAAGUCCCACUCGGCUGCUGACCUCGGGGACGUCUCAGAGGCCGGCCCUCUGACGGCAGCAGCGUUCAUUUCAAGUUUGCUGGUUGCAGAAUCACUCCUGGCGACUCAAAAUGGCUCCUCUGUGUUCACGCCGCUCGGAGCUUCACUCAUUGCAGAGUAAAGCUCAGUAAUCUCACAGGCUGUGUGUGUGCGGCAGAGGCCGAGGGUCACUCAAGACGCUGACGUGAACUGAAACACUCCAAAAUUUGAUUGUCUUGCCGAGUUGGCGCCGCCGCUCGACUCUGAGAAGCACCGCGCUCAAGUGCACUGAAUCGCGGCGCCAUGGGUUCUGCAGCGCGGCGAGCAAAUUGACCUGACAUCUGUGUGGAUCGAGACUUCGGGCCUCAGCGAUUUCCCCAAAUAAAAUUGGGAAAUUGGUCAUUAGCCACCAAAGCUCACAGCGACACGCCCCCAGGAGCCAUUCGCCAUCAAUACAUCUGUCCAGUUUUGUAUUAUUAUUAUUUAUUUAUGCUGAAUAAGUGACUUCUGCAGUAGUUUCUUGGUUAAUUCCUUUUUGGAAAGAGAUUUGCUCGAAUUGUAAAUUUUAAAUUUUGUGAAACUGGACUUAAAUUCUGAAUUUGCAGUUGAAUUCCCUCUUUUCUGUCCGUCUCCUCCGUGUGUCCUCGUCCCCCCCGAUGCUCUGUCGACGCUUCACAAACACAUCGUUGUUCUUUUCUAGGUCAAGUGCAAAAAAAACAAAACAACAACUAAACAGUGUGAAUCUGGCAACGUGGUUCUUGUAUUUGCAAGGAAAAUGUGCAAUAUACGGUUCUCAGAUGGUUCCAGGUUUCAGCGCAGAACUCCAGACUUUCUGUUUUUUUUUUACUGUCUUUCUUUCUUCCAGUCAGUUCCUCAGGUCACUAAAUGCCUUCUGGUCCUGAGGGUGACCAGGAAAUCUCAGAACAUACACUAAUGCACCCGAAUUACAAAACGACUGGGUUUUACUUUAGUCUUUGUCGCUCUCUGAUUUCUUUUCUCCGCUCCUUUUGUUCUCGUUUUUGUUUUUUCUUUUGACGAUUUUCACAGGCUUCUGUUUGUUCCUUUUUUGAUUUUCAGGUUCAACGGGCACUUAUUCAGGUGUCCCUCUCCUCGCCUCAUUUUGUAUUAUUGUUAUUUAUUGCACAUGUAAUGAACUGGUUUCCAUUGCCACAUUGAAUUCAAGGAGUUUUUGGGGUCUAGAAUGGGGCUGGAAUUUCUUACAUACAAAAACUACAGAAGCUUUUGUCAAAACUUAAGUGUGUAUUUCAUCAAUAAAUGCCUUUAAAAGUA